GCCAUGUUCUGAUUCAGACCUGAUCUCCCCAGCGCCCCACUGCGCGCUAGAAGAGCAGGCCUGGCGUCAGUUUCCACGCUUGUAAAGAGGAGAAGGCAUGUUGUCCUGCUUCCUGUGCCUCUCCAAGCACAUCAGCACUUCGUUGGUGUCCCUGCGCAGAUGGUGCCCAGGCUUUGCGCUCCCGCUGCGCUGCGCCGCAGGGCGACCCUUGGAACCCCGGCCCACUGCCCCUCGUCGACUGCUGAGCGCUGCCACUUCCUCUGGGGACCCAAUCCAACCGAAUUUGGCCUCCUCCCGCGUGCGCCAGAACUUCCAUCCAGACUCCGAGGCUGCCAUCAACCGCCAGAUCAACCUCGAGCUCUACGCAUCCUAUGUGUAUUUGUCCAUGGCUUAUUAUUUCUCCCGAGAUGACGUGGCCAUGCACAACUUCGCCAACUAUUUCCUUCGCCAGUCGCGAGAGGAGACCCAGCACGCAGAAAAACUGAUGAGGCUGCAAAACCAGCGGGGAGGGCAGAUAUGCCUGCAGGACAUCAAGAAACCAGCCCAGGACAACUGGGAAAGCGGACUGAACGCCAUGCAGUGUGCGCUGCUGUUGGAAAAGAAUGUGAACCAGUCCUUGCUGGAAUUGCACACUCUGGCUUCAGACAAAGGUGACCCCCAUUUGUGUGACUUCCUGGAAACCCACUAUCUGAAUGAGCAGGUGAAGUCUAUCAAAGAAUUAGGUGACCACGUGCAAAACUUGGUUAAGAUGGGGGCCCCCAAAUCUAGUCUGGCGGAGUACCUUUUUGACAAACAUACCCUUGGAAAUGAAAACAAUCAGAAGUAAGCCACAGGCAGCCUCCCUACCACCUAGGGGUGCCAGAACCCAGAUUCAGCCCUCCUGCUUCCUUGAUUUUAAAAUGUUCUUCCACUUUCAUGUUCUUUGGUUACACUGUUCCUCCAAUAAAAAGACAUGUAGAGAAAAUGUAUUUAGCCUCAUGCUAACAAGGACUUUCUGUCCAGUAUCAAAAUAAUUCCCCUAGUCUGCAAGGUUACCCAGGAUACUGUGGUACUAAAGGAAAAAAAAAAAAAAAGGUUGCAAAAAAGGCUACUGAAAAUAAAUGCAAACUUUCUCCUGUUAAUAAAUAUUAUUCCAGACCAUGAAUCUUCA